AUGCAGCAGCCUUACGCGCACAGAUGCGGCCCCCUGCUGCCCGUGGGCGUCAUCUCACUCUUAGCCUUGACCGCCAUUAUUUCGCAGAGCGUCGCGGUGCCGUUAGCCAUGUGCGGGCCCGAUGGGCAAUGCCGCGAGGAGCCGUCCAUACCGUCGCCGCGCACGCGCUACACGGCCAAGACGAGCGCGUUGCAGAGCGCCUGGACGCGGUUCCACGAAGAACUGGCUCGUAGGGCCGCGGCCUACGCCCCCACGCAGAAACCGCUCUUGCUGCUCGGCGACUCGAUCACCGAGGCGUGGCUUGGGACCUCGAUGGACGAAGACUCGGAGCGGGCCCGCGGCUGCCCCGAAGUGCUCUCUGACAAAUUCCCGGACUACUCGCCGUUGGUGCUGGCUAUCUCUGGCGACCAGACGCAGCACUUAUUGUGGAGAUUGCAGAACGGCGAAUGGCCCUCCGCCGUUCCAUCUGCCACAGUAAUUCUGAUGAUUGGCACAAAUAAUCUGGGGCGAGGCCACCUGCCGGGCGAGACGGCGCGCGGCGUCGUCGCCGUUGUGAAUGAGAUUUUACAAAGGCUGGACGGCGCAUCCAAACUGCUCGUGCUCGGUUUACUACCUCGAGGCGACGGUUCGAGGAUACUGAAGCGGCUCUGCCCGCCGCGGUGCGACAGGCAGGGUGCGCCCUACUCGUCCUUCAUGCCGGCGGUCGCGAAGGUCAAUAGCGACGUCCAGCAGGCGGUCAGCGACUUACAUGAUCAACGCGUCGUUUUUGCGGACUGCGGCGCCGUGUUUCUGGACGCGGCCGGCGCGGUGCGCGAGCGGCUCAUGCCCGACCGGCUCCACCCGAACGCCGAAGGUUUAG